CCAAGUUUCUGCUGUCGUCUGACCCCACAUAGUACUGGGUUCCUGCAUUCAGUCAUCGGAUGGUUGCAGUCCCAACUGUUCGACAUAAUCUCGAAGCAAAGAUAUUAUGAAUGCCGAAUCAGCGGGUGGUAAUGGUGGGGCAUCGCCGGCAGGCACUCGGCGAGCGUGCGACCAGUGUAGACUGAGAAAGAUCCGCUGUGACAAGGAAUCGCCGUGCGCCAAUUGCAAAAGUGCCAAACGUUCCUGUAGCUCACUCGGUCUGGGACAGAAGCCCAAGGAACCUGGGCAAAGGGUGCUCAUCUCUCGCCAAUAUGAGAGGAAGCUCGAUGAUAUGCAGGAGCGUUUAGCUGGCAUUGAGUCACUGCUCCGAAAUUUAUCUGUCCCAUCUGCAUCUUUCAACCCGAAAGUUUCGGGCCAGUCCUCUCACAGUUCAUCACACAGUGGACCACAGACGGGAAGCUCAGCGGACAAGGAGACCCCUUCGGCUUUUGAAGACAGUGUGUCUACCGCGCUCGACCCGGAGGAUGUGGAGCCCUUCGAAGGGGGCAGUUCACUGACUGCACAUGCCGCCUUCGCAUCUGAGUUCCUCGAGAAUGCAGUCCACGAUGUGACCACGUUCAGCGGGGGCAGUGACCGCAUGGAGGCGGCUCUGUCGAGUCUCCGGGCUAUGGUUCAGCUGCAGAAGAAUGCCAGGGCAACAGGUGGCGAUGAAGACCCUAAGGGAAACCAUAAAGGCAAUAUGAUUGGAAGGGGUCCGGGAGUCAAGUUGAAAGAUUUGCCCAUGCCUCCGAUGGACUUGGUGGUGGAGAAGUUGAGGCUGACCAAACGACGACCGGGGCCCAUGAUGCUCCUCGUCGUCACCUGCUUCACCGACAUCGACGCAUUCACGGACAAAUGCCGGCGCAUCUACUUCAGCACCGACGACCAUGACAUCCCCAUCUCGACCUUCAUCGUCGUAAACGCUGCCCUCAACUACCUCUUCUUCGAAAACGCCAUUACGAUUACGGCCAACUCGCCUGAGAAGACGCAGCUCGAGCAGUGCUGCGCCAUGUGCCAAGCCAACGUCGAGACCGCCCUCGCCCAGCUCCCUUUACUCAUGCCCGCCACCCUCGAAAACAUCGAGGCCCUCCUCAUGGGCGCCAGCUUUGCCAUCGACCUCAGCCGACCCAGUCUAGCUUGGCUGUUGACGAGUAGAGCAACGCAUAUGUGCCGCGCACUAGGUCUGCACCAGGAAAGUAGUGUCCGCAAUGACAGCCCCAGGGUAAGGUCCGACAAGGCGCUGUUGUUUUGGAGUACGUACAUGCUCGACAAGGGCCUUUCCCUCCGACUGGGCCGGGCAAGUAUCCUCCAGGACUACGAUAUUAGCCUCCCCAGCGUGCUGGAAAAAACGCACGGCAGCCUGACUCAGCCCUCAUCAGCGAUUCUGAGUCUGUGGAUCAAGCAUUCCGAGGUUCAGGGAAAUAUAUACCAGCGUCUUUACUCGCCCGGCGCGCUGCGGCAGACGGACGCCACUCGCAUGAAGCAGGUGGAAAUUCUCGUGAAUGACCUGAAAUUCUUACUCUCAGAAACGUUGAAGCUGUACGAUGAAGCGGCUAGGCAGGACGAUAAAGAGAGUCGGAUGUUUGUGCUGAUUCUGAAGAGCGAUCAGGUGUCGUAUUUUUCGAGUUUGGCGCUGGCGUAUAGGGCAAUUCCGAUUUCGCCAGGGGCGGGAACGGGGAGUAGGGCAUUUGCGGAUGAGUGUUUGGAUACGGCAAGGGCAGCUAUGAGGACUCAUCAGGAGGCCAUGAAUAUGAUGUCUGAUCCGAGUUUAACGGUGGUGUAUUUGCAUUGGACCAUCCUCUACGCACCCUUCAUCCCCUUCAUUGUGAUCUUCUGCCACGCUAUCGAAACCUCCAACGCUGACGACCUUCGCUGCCUUGAGCUCUUCGUCCAGUCCCUGCAGGGAUCAUCCCACAUAUCCCCCGCCAUCGACAAACUGCACCAGCUAUCCCGCAUGCUGUACAACGUCGCCCUCUUGUACGUCGAAGCCAAGGCCCAGCAGGCAAUGGAUCAGGCUAUGAUCCCUGUUGGAAACGAGUUUGAUAUGUAUCUUAGCCAGUUGGGGUUCAUACCUACGGAUGAGGGCAUGGGGACAGGGACGGGGGUGGCGGGGGGAGAGGGAGAGGAGAUAGGGUUCGGGGGUACGGGUGCAGGGACAGGUGGAGGGGGAAUGAUGCAGACUACUAAUCAGUUAGGGGAUUGGUUCUCCGGGAGUAAUUAUACUUUGGGGUUGGUGGAGGAGGAUUUGUCCAGUUUUAAUACUUCGGCUUGGUGAGUAGUUAAGACGAAGAGGGCACAGGGAAGGGAGCUUUGUAACAUAUUUGCGUGCUAGGGAGGCUUCCUGAUAGAUUAGAAUACACAGCGACAUACUUGUAAAAAAUACAAUACUAGGUU